CUCUGUCAAAGGAACAUGACAGCUGCCAGGGUGCCCGCUCAAGGGCGUCACAGGGGUUUAACCGGUCUAAGCACUGAUUGGUCAGUUUAUCAACUGUUUCAAUUGUUAUUGGUCACUUUGGUUUGCAAUGUCGUCUGUGAUUGGACAGUCCGUCUUACUCUGUGCCCUCCUCCCAACGCACACGAACCAAACUCGCCGUGGAACAUCUCUUUUGCAGGUUGCGGCUUCCUCGGCAUCUACCACGUCGGUGUUGCGAGCUGUCUGGUGGAGCAGGCUCCUUUUCUGGUGCAAAACGCCAAGCACAUUUAUGGAGCAUCAGCUGGAGCUCUGACCGCCACUGCCCUGGUCACUGGAGUGUGUCUCGGAGAGGCUGGUGCGAGCAUCAUCGAUGUUGCCAAAGAGGCGAGGAAGCGGUUCCUCGGACCCAUGCAUCCCUCCUUUAAUCUGGUGAAGAUUGUGCGUCACAUGUUGCGCCGCACCCUGCCAGCUGAUUGUCACCAUGAGGCCAACGGGCGGUUAGGAAUCUCCCUUACCCGAGUGACAGAUGGAGAAAAUGUCCUGGUGUCGCACUUCAACAGCAAGGAGGAGCUGGUGCAGGCAUGUGUCUGCAGCGCCUACAUCCCCGUGUAUUGCGGCCUCAUUCCUCCCACACUACAAGGAGUGCGAUAUGUGGAUGGAGGAAUCUCAGACAACCUUCCUCAGUAUGAGCUGAAAAACACCAUCACCGUGUCCCCGUUUUCUGGAGAGAGCGACAUCUGCCCCCGAGACACCUCGACCAACAUACACGAGCUGCGAUUCACCAACACAAGCAUCCAGUUCACUCUCACCAACCUCUACAGAGUCUCCAGGGCACUUUUCCCUCCAGACCCAAUGGUUAUGAAGGCCAUGUGUAAGCAGGGAUAUAAAGACGCUCUGCACUUUUUGAAGAAGAAUGGAUUGCUUAACUUCAACGGGCCUCAAAGAGACAGGCCCCUGCUGGCUCGUGGCGAAGAAAAUGAGGACUAUAACGAUGACGAGGAGGACAAUAAAAGUGAUGAAGAAGAGGCAAAGCUGUAUGUGGAAGAGGGAGCAGUGAUGGUUCACUGCAGCUCCUCAAUAGAGGAGCAUUUCUUCGAUAACCUUCCACCCACCCUGCACAGAGCUCUAGUUGAGGCCUGCAUGGAGAGGAGGAGCCUGGUGCAGAAGCUGAGCAACAUGCUUCCUGUCAGGAUGGCCUCAACCCUGAUGCUCCCCUACACUUUCCCUCUGGAGUCUGCUCUGUCCUUGACUCUCAGACUUCUGGAGUGGCUGCCAGAUGUGCAAGAAGAUGUGGGGUGGAUUCGAGAGCAGAUAUUGAAACUCCUACAGCAUAUUCUUCGCCAGGCCUCCAGAAGCUUUUCCCAGCAUGUAUCUGCCAGGUUUUCCUGUCAGCUGGAGCUGCACCACUACCAGUCCCUCCCAUACCAGAUCAGCUCCACCAGCCUGUUUCCCACCUGGGUGAACGGGAGCAGUUCCUCAGUCCAAGAUGUCUUCAUGCGUCUCGACCAGUACAAGAAGCAGCUGUUGUCCGGCGUGCUGUGUAUCAACAUGGACCUGCAAGGCUCCUUCAAAACUAAAGCGAUGUCACCGGAGAAGAGUUCUCUGCCCAUCCUCUGUUCAGAAGGCCUCACGAUGCACAGAGGUCAUCUUAAUAUUCCACCUGCUGCCAACUCUGAAGAAACCAUCAGUAGCUCCUAAGAGCCUCUGACAGAUUUCUGCCGCAGAUGCUGCAGCUUUGAGGUUUCGACUCACUUAUUCUCCAUCCAGGAACAUUUUAAACUAAUUAAAAUCAGAUUUUAAUAUCUGUUUACAUCCUUACUUUUAGGUACAUUUUAGGAUGUCUGAAACACAUCUAGUAAUCUAAUCAGCCCACUUACGUGAGGGUUGGAAAUGGGAAUAAUUUACCAUAUUUACAGUUAGUGUGUAUUAGGUUUGUUUGACUAAUCCCUGACAUUGAAAUAAGUCUUAGCUACAGUGUAGGCAGGCCAGCCUACGGACACAGUAUGUCUGUACGUCUACAGAGAUGCAUUUAAAUUUAGUCCAUGUGCUCUGACAGUCAUGUACAAACUUGAAUUACAAGAUGUUACAAAGUAAAGUGCGCACUUGAAGUAGCAUGGUUAAAACAGGCAAGUGUUUUUAGUGGAAUGAAGUCAGACCAGUUGUUAAGCACAAUGUUCCUGCUGCGUCUGGCUGUGAGCUCCAAGUUACUUGUGGUGGAUGAGACUGACUGGAGGAGGGAAAACAGUGGAUGCACAAUCUGUUUGUUACCGGUAGUUACUCCAUUUAUUUGAUGCAAGCGUCAAUGCAGUAUUGUGAGAAAACACAUCGUCUUUAUGUCUCUAGGAUUGUGUGAAUAUUCAUGUCUUGCGUAUUUAUAUUAAAAAACUUCUUUGUUCUGUUCUAUCAUCUUGGUUUUCCCACAUGUAAGUCACAACACUUUUACAUUUCAUUUUAAAUUUGAAUCUCUGCUUAAAGAGUUACACUACAGGUUUUUUUUUCAGUUUAACACAUAACACAGUAAAUCAAAAAUGUGAUUUGUUUUUUAUUCAUCGAAGAAUCAGUUGAAUCUGAAUUGCACUUUCUCAUCUGAUGUCACUGUACGACUUCAUAUGAGCUCCUUAGGUAAUAGCCUGCUGUGUACUAUAAGAAACUGUGUGAUUGAGUGCCAAGUUGUGCCUUAGUGUUUUAAGGGAAUAAUUGCCAAGUGAAUUUAACAUACUGUCACAAUGUUUCAGGGAAUGUGAUCAGUAAAUAAACCGGUAUUGUUCACCAUUAA